CCAGGGGCACUGCCCUUCUCCAGGAGAGGAGGCGAAAGCAGGAGGCAGCAGGGACAAGAACCGAACUGAAAGCCAUGUCUCAGAGCUUGGUGACAUUUGGGGAUGUGGCUGUAGAUUUCUCCCAAGAGGAGUGGGAAUGGCUGAACUCUGCUCAGAGGAAUCUGUACAGGAGUGUGAUGUUGGAGAACUACAGGAACCUGGUUUCGCUGGGACUUUGCGUUUCUAAGCCUGAUAUGAUCUCCUCAUUGGAACAGAGGAAAGAGCCCUGGAUGGUGAAGAGAAAGUUGACAAGAGGCCGGUGCCCAGAUUUGAAGACUGUGCCGGAGACUGAGUUACCUGCAAAGAAGGACAUCUCUAAAGAAAAGUUACCCCAGGCAGUGAUAAUGGAGAGACUCACAAACUACAGUCUGGAAUGCUCCAUAUUAGGGGAAAACUGGGAUUAUGGUGCUCUGUUUGAGAGGCAGCCAGGCUUGGUGACCAUCACGAACAUGGCUGUAGACUUCUCCCGGCAGCUGGACCUAGCUCAGAAGAGUUUCUGUAAGAAUGUGAUAUGGGAGAACCAUGGUGACCUGGGGUCAGUAGGACCCUGUGUUUCUAAGCCAGAUUUGGUCUCUCUGCUGGAGCAAGGGAAGGAGCCCUGGAUGGUGGAAAGAGAGCUGACAAGGGGCCUGUUCUCAGGCCAGCAAUCUAUAAAUGAGACCCAGGAAUUAUUUUCAAAGCAAGAUUCAUUCGCUGAAGUAACAGAUAGAACUUCAAACACGAAUUUGGAGUGUUCCGCUUUCAGAGAAAAUUGGGAUUCCGAGGGUAUGUUUGAAAGGAAGCUGGCAGGUCAGGAGACACAAUUCAGGCAAGAGGCAAUCACUCAUAACAAAACCCUCUCUAAGGAAAGAGAAUGUACUUUUAAUAAAUCUGGAAGAUGGUUUCAUUUGGACAUUUCAGAAGAGAGAAUUCAUAAUUGUGAUUCAGUUAAGAAAAAUUUUCCCAAAAAUUCAGUGGUAAUAAAACAUCCAGGAAUUUAUGCAGGAAAAAAACUUUUCAAAUGUAAUGAAUGUAAGAAAACUUUUACCCAGAGCUCAUCCCUUACUGUUCAUCAGAGAAUUCAUACUGGGGAGAAACCCUAUAAAUGUAAUGAAUGUGGAAAGGCCUUCAGUGAUGGCUCAUCCUUUGCUAGACAUCAAAGAUGUCACACUGGCAAGAAGCCUUAUGAAUGUAUCGAAUGUGGGAAAGCUUUCAUACAGAACACAUCCCUUAUUCGUCACUGGAGAUAUUACCACACUGGGGAGAAACCCUUUGAUUGCAUCGAUUGUGGGAAAGCCUUCAGUGAUCACAUAGGACUUAAUCAACAUAGGAGAAUUCAUACUGGAGAGAAACCUUACAAAUGUGAUGUAUGUGACAAAUCCUUUAGAUAUGGCUCAUCACUUACUGUACAUCAAAGGAUUCAUACUGGAGAAAAACCAUAUGAAUGUGAUGUUUGCAGAAAAGCCUUCAGCCAUCAUGCAUCACUCACUCAACAUCAAAGAGUGCAUUCUGGAGAAAAGCCUUUUAAAUGUAAAGAAUGUGGGAAAGCUUUUAGGCAGAAUAUACACCUUGCUAGUCAUUUGAGGAUCCAUACUGGAGAGAAACCCUUUGAAUGUGGGGAAUGUGGUAAAUCCUUCAGUAUCAGUUCACAGCUGGCUACUCAUCAGAGAAUUCAUACUGGAGAGAAGCCCUAUGAAUGUAAGGUUUGUAGUAAAGCAUUCACCCAGAAGGCUCACCUUGCACAGCAUCAGAAAACUCAUACAGGAGAGAAACCAUAUGAGUGUAAGGAAUGUGGUAAAGCCUUUAGCCAAACCACACACCUUAUUCAACACCAGAGGGUUCACACUGGAGAAAAACCCUAUAAAUGUAUCGAAUGUGGGAAGGCCUUUGGUGAUAACUCAUCCUGUACUCAACAUCAGAGGCUUCACACUGGCCAAAGACCUUAUGAAUGUAUUGAAUGUGGGAAGGCAUUCAAGACAAAGUCCUCGCUUAUCUGUCAUCGCAGAAGUCAUACGGGAGAGAAACCUUAUGAAUGUAGCGCAUGUGGCAAAGCCUUUAGCCAUCGUCACAAAAUCUCAACCCUUACUCUUCAUCAAAGAAUUCAUACCGGAGAGAAACCCUAUGAAUGUAUUGAAUGUGGGAAAGCCUUUAGCCAGAGUGCCCACCUUGCUCAACAUCAGAGAAUACAUACCGGAGAAAAACCGUUUGAAUGUACUGAAUGUGGGAAAGCCUUCAGUCAGAAUGCUCAUCUUAUUCAACAUCAGAGAGUUCAUACUGGAGAAAAACCUUAUCAAUGUAAGCAGUGUAAUAAAGCCUUCAGCCAGCUUGCACAUCUUGCUCAACAUCAGAGAGUUCAUACCGGAGAGAAACCUUAUGAAUGUAUUGAAUGUGGGAAGGCUUUCACUGAUCACAUAGGCCUUAUUCAGCAUAAGAGAAUUCAUACUGGAGAGAGACCUUACAAAUGUAAUGUGUGUGGGAAGGCUUUUAGCCAUGGCUCGUCCCUGACUGUACAUCAGAGAAUUCAUACAGGAGAGAAACCUUAUGAGUGUAAUAUCUGUGAGAAAGCCUUUAGCCAUCGUGGCUCACUUACUCUUCAUCAAAGAGUUCACACUGGAGAGAAACCCUAUGAGUGUAAAGAAUGUGGGAAAGCGUUUCGGCAGAGCACACACCUUGCUCAUCAUCAGAGAAUUCAUACUGGAGAGAAACCUUAUGAAUGUAAGGAAUGCAGCAAAACUUUCAGCCAAAAUGCACACCUUGCACAACAUCAGAAAAUACACACUGGAGAGAAACCUUAUGAAUGUAAGGAAUGUGGUAAGGCCUUCAGUCAAAUUGCACACCUUGUUCAACACCAGAGAGUUCAUACUGGUGAGAAGCCUUAUGAAUGUAUUGAAUGUGGGAAGGCCUUCAGUGAUGGUUCCUAUCUUGUUCAACAUCAGAGACUCCACACUGGCAAAAGACCAUAUGUGUGUCUUGAAUGUGGAAAGUCAUUCAGACAGAGAGCAUCCCUGAUUUGUCACCAGAGAUGUCAUACAGGCGAGAAACCUUAUGAAUGUAAUGUUUGUGGGAAAGCCUUUAGCCAUCGUAAAUCCCUUACUCUACAUCAAAGAAUUCAUACAGGAGAAAAACCUUAUGAGUGUAAGGAAUGUAGCAAAGCCUUCAGCCAGAUUGCCCAUCUUACACUUCAUAAGAGAAUUCAUACUGGAGAAAGGCCCUAUGAAUGUAAAGAAUGUGGGAAAGCCUUCAGGCAGAGUGUACAUCUUGCUCAUCAUCAGCGAAUUCAUACUGGAGAGUCAUCCUCAAUUAUUCCCUCCUCCUCACCCCCAUUCCACCAAGUCCUCUAGAUUCAAUCUUCUAAAUGCCUCUAGGAUCUGUCCACUUUUUUCCAGUCUAUGUCCCAUCAUCAUAGUCCAAGAUGAACCCAUCUCAUUUUUAUUUUUACCAUAAUGUUACAACCAUUAUCCCUCUUGCUCUUCCCCUGAAGUGCAUUUUUAACACUGUAGCCAGCUUAAUCUUUUAAAAAUAAAAAUCUAUUUUACUUUCCCAUUUAAAACAUCUUUAAGAAUAUGUUAGAUCAUCCAUUUAAAGGGCUUAGCACACAACCCUUGACAUAUAAUUAGUGCCAUUAAGGUAAAGAUUUCCUUGCUGUCAUGUUCAGCUGCAUGUAAAAUCUAGUAGGUUGACUAAGAAACCUAUACAUUUUAGAGAAGACAAAGAACUCUCUGCUUUCCCAGGAAGUAGAAAAAUGGACACAUUCAGAAUUGAAAGAUUCUGUGAUGAACAAGGUCACAUGUUGGCUUACCACUCCCUCUGUAUGACUAUAUACAAGGACUUGUAGCAUUGCUGAUGAGGGACUCUCACUUUUCCUGGCACUUAGAACAGGCCAGUUGGAACGAAGGCAUUUGGUAGAAUGUAGGAUUAGGCAGAUAUUAAGAACAAACUAAAGUCAGCAAGCUAGAAAACUUGAAUAGAUAAAUAGCCAUGAAAUAAACAGAAGAAGGUAGUUUAACACUUUGACCCGUAGAAAAGCACAGACAAUUCCUGUGAUGUUUGAAUUCUUCUAGAGCAUAAAAUAAAUACAGUAAAGCUGCCCAUCUUACUCUGUGAAACUGACAAGACUGGUACCAAAACAAAAACAUAUCCUACAGUUAGCUUAUGAAUGUAGAUCUUAAAACUUAAACUUACUUUUUAAAUAUUAAAAAGUAGACUAAAUGGAAAGCUAGACCUGUCUUUGUAUAGAAAGAGUCUGGCAAAGAUAUUUCUCCCUGUGUUAAAUAUGUAAAUUUAUUGAUAGUCCAGUAAAAAUCCCAAUAUAUAUUUAAGUUGAUGAGCUGAUUCUGACCAUCUAUAGAAUAUAGAAUUGUGCUAUAGUAAGGAAUGUAGUACUCACUCACUUAACAUUAACUGAGCAUUUACUAAUGUGCCAGGCCGUGUUUUUAGGUGCCGGGGAUACAGCAGAGUGCAAAAUAUGCAAGUUUUUGCCCCUACAGACCUGGUGGGAGAAGACAAAGUCGAAAUACAUACUAUGUGAUAAGUAUGCAAUAUGUACCAUGAUGAGAAAUCAUUGAAAGAAGGAGCUAGGGAGUGAUGGCAAGAAGUGCCUUACUAUUCCCAGAACAUAUGGGCAUUAGAAGCAGGGAACUGUCAGAUAGAGUGGGCAUAAUGAGAAUAGUCAUUUAGUCCUAAGGUAGAUAAUUAUGCUUUCAGUGUUGCAGGAAGAGAGAAUUGAGUGUUUAAAAAGGAUCAUGAGCGUUCUCUUCACUCUUUAUCAAUAGUGAUUUUGGGUCUGGUGGAGGGUUUUUUGUUUGUUUGUUUGUAACAGCCUUACUGAGAUAUAAUUCACAUACCAUACAAUCCACCCAUUUAAAAUAUACAAUUCAGUGACUUAGUAUGUUCAGAUUUGUGCAACCGUUACCACAUUUCAUUACCUAAAAUAGAAUACCCCCACCCCUGGAGGAGUAUACUUACUUGGAGCACACAGUGCUUUUGGGUUCUCUCUUUUGACUGUUACCUGUGGCAGCAUAGUAGGCCAUGUGAGGGGAUCUCUUAUCCAGAGGGCAUGAGUGCUAGAAAAUGGAGCUUUGGGGCUCUCUUUACUUUGGGAUAGAGACUAGGGGAUGGGUGGUCCUAUUAGACUCCCUUUAUGUGUGACAAAAAGGAUUUUUCAUUGCGGUGGGGGGAAGAUGGAUUAAUCAAGUGGUGUUGGGACAAUUAGCUCUAUGGAAAGACAGUAUACCUUGUACACUAAUGAAGCUCUGAAAGAUCAAAGAUCUAAGUACAGUAUUAAAAUACAAGAAAAACAAUAUAAUUUUGAGGCAGACCUUCUUAAGUAUUACACAUAACCCAGGAGCUGACGUUAAGAUAACAUUUAUGUGUGGAAAAUAUCAAAGUCAAAUAUACAAAUAUGAGAUUGAAAGAAAAUGUUGCAAACCAAUAUAACAAAGGAUAAUAAUUCCUGAUAUUCAAAGCAUUAUUACAAAUAAGUAGUAACACCGGGAAUUCAGUAGAAAAAAACGGACAAAGCUAAUGGCCAGUUCAAAGAAGAUGAAAAAGCAGCUAAUGGAAAUGAUCCAGUAUCACUCAUAAUCAAGGAAAUGCAAAAUAAAGUGAUGUUAAUCUACUUUUUUCCCCAAUGAUUUUUAAAUCAUAGAAAAGGGAUUAUAUCUAGUGACUGUGUCAAAAACAAGACAAUUCCACCG